AAGCCUCUGGGUGAAGUGAGGGCCGCCUCGGAGUGGAAGAAUCCGGUCUGGACAUCAUUACUCUCUGGGAUUACUCUGAAUGAGUUUGCUAUAAACAGCUUGACUUACAUAAUAGCUAGUAAUUCUGUUAGUACUCCCUCAGCUAGCUUUCCCGUAGAUUUUCAUAGCAGAGGACACGCUUAGUUACAUUUCAAUUUGGAAUAGACCGCCGUUGUAUGUUUAUACCUAUUCCUUAUAGCUGUCAAGUGCGGUCGUUGCGGAGGAUAAUUUACUAGAGGCGAUUUUUUUUGUGUUCAUUAUGUCAGUCGUAGGGAUUGAUGUGGGAUACCAAAAUUGUUACAUCGCUGUUGCCAGGAGCGGCGGCAUUGAAACCAUUGCCAAUGAAUACAGUGACAGAUGCACCCCGGCUUGUGUAUCUUUGACCGCGAAAAACCGCAUGAUUGGAAAUGCAGCCAAAAGUCAAAUCACAACAAAUUUCAAAAAUACAGUCCAUGGCUUUAAAAAGUUCCACGGCAGAGCAUUUGAUGACCCAUUUGUCCAAGCGGAAAAACCCAAACUGCCAUACAGUUUACACAAACUGGCCAAUGGAAACGCUGGAAUUAAGGUGCGUUAUUUGGAUGAAGACAAAGUGUUCACUUUCGAGCAGAUCACUGGGAUGCUGCUCACCAAGCUGAAGGAGACGUCGGAGAGCGCCCUGAAGAAGCCCGUGGUGGACUGUGUAAUCUCUGUCCCAAGUUUCUUCACAGAUGCUGAAAGGCGAUCAGUGUUUGAUGCUACUCAAAUUGCAGGGCUGAACUGUUUACGACUAAUUAAUGACACCACUGCAGUGGCUUUGGCCUAUGGGAUCUAUAAACAGGACCUUCCUACUCCAGAAGAGAGGCCGAGAAAUGUGAUAUUUGUUGACAUGGGACAUUCAUCAUUCCAGGUCUCCAUCACUGCCUUCAACAAAGGCAAACUCAAGGUCCUCGCCACGGCAUUUGACUUAUACCUCGGUGGACGUAAUUUUGACGAGGCCUUGGUAGAUUACUUUUGCGAGGAGUUUAAGAGCAAGUACAAGCUUAAUGUGAGGGAGAACCCAAGGGCUCUGCUGCGGCUGCACCAGGAGUGCGAGAAGCUGAAGAAGCUAAUGAGUGCCAACUCCUCUGAUCUGCCUAUGAACAUAGAGUGCUUCAUGAAUGACAUUGAUGUUUCCGGCAGGAUGAACAGGGGCCAGUUUGAAGACAUGUGUGCUCAAUAUCUGAUGAGAGUAGAUAUGCCACUGAAAGCAGUUCUUGAACAAUCAAAGCUAAGCCGGGAUGAUAUCUAUGCAGUGGAGAUUGUUGGAGGAGCAACGAGAAUCCCAGCUGUCAAAGAAAGAAUCGCCAAGUUUUUUGGCAAAGACAUCAGCACCACGCUUAAUGCAGACGAAGCGGUCGCUAGAGGCUGUGCACUUCAGUGUGCAAUUCUGUCUCCAGCCUUUAAGGUACGCGAAUUCUCCAUUACCGACGUGGUUCCCUUUCCUAUUACUCUUCGCUGGAAAUCCCCAACAGAGGAUGGAUUGGGAGAGUGUGAGGUGUUUGGUAAGAAUCACGCUGCUCCGUUUUCCAAAGUGAUCACCUUUCACAAGAAGGAACCCUUUUCCCUUGAAGCCUUUUACAGCAGCCCUCAAGAGCUCCCAUACCCAGACCACAGGAUAGGAUGUUUCUCUGUACAGAAUGUGGCUCCCCAGCCAGAUGGAGACAGCUCUAAAGUGAAGGUCAAAGUGCGUGUCAACGUCCAUGGCAUCUUCAGCGUGUCCAGCGCCUCUCUGAUUGAAAAGCAGAAAGGAGAGGGAGAGGACAUGCAAAUUGACUCGGAGCCGAUGGUGCAGAAUGAAGGAAAGGCAGAGGAGCAGACCAAAAUGCAGGUGGACCCGGAAGGCCAAAGCCAGUGGGACCAGCAGAAUGAGGACGACAGUUCCAGCAGUAAGGAGGGGACUUCUGGGGAAAAGCAGGACCCAGCAGCGGGGGGUAGCAAGCCCAAAGUCAAGGUGAAGAGUAUUGACCUGCCUAUUGUGGCCAACAACAUUCGACAGCUUGACAGUGAUGUCCUUAACGACUUUGUGGAGUAUGAGCAUCAGAUGAUAGUCCAGGACAAAUUGGUUAAAGAGCUGAAUGAUGCUAAAAAUGCUGUUGAGGAGUAUGUGUAUGAUCUGCGGGACAAACUUUGUGGGAUCUAUGAAAAGUAUAUCACUGAGGAGGACAGCAACCGACUGACGCUGAUGCUGGAGGACACAGAGAACUGGCUGUAUGAGGAUGGAGAGGACCAACCCAAACAAGUCUAUGAGGAGAAGCUGGGUGCACUCAAGAGGUUGGGCCAACCCAUUCAGGAUCGGCACAGAGAGCACGAGGACAGGCCGAGGGCUUUUGAAGAGCUUGGAAAGAAACUGCAAUUCUACAUGAAGUUGGUGGAUUUCUAUAAUCAGAAGGAUGAGCGAUACCUGCAUUUGAGUGCCGGGGAAAUGAGCACUGUGGAGAAGUGUGUGAAUGAAAGCAUGGGUUGGAUGAACGGCAUGAUGAACGCACAGAGCAAACUCUGCAUUACUCAAGAUCCCGUUGUUAAAGUAGCAGAAAUCAUUGCCAAAAUACAGGAACUAGAAGAUAUAUGUUAUCCAGUCAUCAACAAGCCAAAACCCACAGUGGAGGAGGCCCCUGAAGUGAAUGACCAAAACAGUGGAGCUCAUAAUGGCCCUACAGCCAAACAAGGAGCAGAAGGGAAGGUAGACGCAAAGGGAAGCCAGCAGACAAAGCCUGGCACAAAAGAGAUGGAGGUGGACUGAGACCAGUAUCGGAGAAGAAAACUCUUCAACCAUCAUCGCAUUUACUACAACCGACCAUUUAGACAGUAGAAACAUCAGUACCAGGGACCGUUUCUCAAUCAUUACCAGCCACUUUCGUGGAUUUCUUUUUUGUAUCUCCCCCACCCAUUGGACGUUACCUUUUCAGAUUUUUGUUUUCAUCCUUAUAUGUGACAAUGGUGUGCUUUACUCUCUCAAAGAUUUGACGCACUUAAUAAAUGAAAGAAUGAUGCUGUAGAUUACACUGAUUCUGAUGUAAAACUGUUUCCUCUGUACUACAAAGGAAGGUGUCCUUUGUGUUUGCAUUCCAUGUGUCUCAUAAGCAUCCAGUCUUAGCAGUAAAUCCUACCACUCAAAGGAGAAACACUUAGUGCUGUCCAAACAAUUGCUAUUGCUGAACUAUUAAUUUGUAUGCAAUACUACAAAUUAUAUUAUUAUAUUUAACAAGUUUAAAAUUAUGUCUGUCUAGAAACUAGGGCUGCAACUCACGAUUCAUUGGUUGAUUAUUUUCUCGAUUAAUUGUUUGGUUUAUAAAAGGGUGAAAAAUUUGGAUCAGUGUUUCACAAAAACCCAAGACAGCCUCAAAUGUCUUCUUCUGUCCACAACUUAAAGAUAUUCAGUUUACUGUUACAGAGGAGAGAAGAAACUAGAAAAUAUUAACAUUUAACAAGCUGGAAUCAAAAGGAUUUUUACUUUUGUAUUAAAACAAAUUACUCAAACCAACUAAACAAUUAUCAAAAUAGUUGGUGAUUAAUUUAAAAGUUGACAACUAAUCGAUUAAUCGUUGCGCUACUAGAAACUGUAAAUACUAUUUUAGUAAAUAAGAACAGUUAGCAUAUAAUAAUAUAUGUACAUAAAUAACAUUCCUAGUACAGUGGCAAUGCUUGAUACAUCAACUCUCUUUAGGAAGUGAUAGGUUGCCUAUAUAUCCUUUUUUUUUUCUUGCAUUGUUCCACACUUACGUUAUGGGAUUUCAAGAUGGGAAAAAUAAAUAUAUUUGUCUGUAAGACAAAAU